GUUCUGCUGGUGGGGAGGUUGGUUUAUUAUAAAUCUAUUUUCACUGUAAUUUGAAUUGAUUUUAAAGUUAUAUCGUAAAACAAGCCUCGAAGUAUUGAAAUAGUUCUAUUUAUCAACUGUAUGCUACUUAUCAUCAUAGUGUACCGAUUUAGUCACAAAUAUCGGUACAUCUCUCCACUUUUUCCACCCUCUGGAUAUGGCUGGAGAGGCUAGUCACAGAAAAAAAGGAAAAUUGAGUAGACAGGAAUCCAGUAGAUCUGGAAAAGUCCCAGAAAUAGAGCUCGACAGACCUGCGGCAGGAGUCAGUACUCAGGAUAAAACCAGGACUGGAAUAAGGGUGUACAAAAUAGUGGUUUUGGGUGAUGGUGGUGUUGGCAAAUCAGCUGUAACACUGCAGUUCGUCAGUCACAGUUUCCUGGAUUAUCAUGAUCCCACUAUAGAGGAUUCCUAUCAACAACAAGCUGUUAUUGAUGGAGAACCCGCUCUGCUGGAUAUUCUGGAUACUGCUGGACAGGUUGAAUUUACAGCUAUGAGAGACCAAUACAUGAGAUGUGGAGAAGGUUUUCUAAUCUGUUACAGUGUGACAGACAGGCACAGUUUUCAAGAGGCUUUGGAAUAUAGGAAGUUGAUCCAAAAAGUCAGGGCUUCAGAGGAUACUCCUUUGGUACUUGUGGGGAAUAAAUUUGAUCUCCAUGUACAGAGGAAAGUUACUACAGAAGAGGGAAAAACGUUGGCCAGGCAGUUCGGCUGCCCCUUCUACGAAACAUCAGCCUGUCUUCGCACCUACGUCGACGACGCCUUUCACACGCUGGUGCGCGAAAUAAGGCGGAAGGAGAGGGAAAAUAAGAUCGGGCCGUACGGCUCGGAGCACCGGCCGCGCGGCCACAGCAAAUGGUGGCGCCUGCGCAGCAUCUUUGCGCUGGUAUUCAAGCGCAAGCGGCAGAAUUUCGGGUCGUAAGCGCCAGGCGAGUGGAGGUAUUAUGGGGAUGAUCGUGAAAGAAAUAUUUCUUUGUACUAAAGUGUUCCUUCACCUUUUUUUUUUUCACUAGGAAAUCCAAUGUCACACUUGAGGAAUUUAAUAUUUCUUUUAGUUGUUAUUCUUUGUCUUUCACACGCUGGUGCGCGAGAUGAGGUGGAAGAAGAGGGAGAAUAAGAUGGGGUCGUACGGCUCGGAGCACCGGCCGCGCGGCCACAAAAAGUGGUGGCGCCUGUGCAGCAUCUUAGCGAUGAUGGUGUUCAAGCGCAAGUGGCAGAAUUUCGAGUCGUAGGCGCUAGAUUCACUAGAUGGUAUUAUAGUUAGAUAAGAGUUUGGACACAGAAGCGACAACUGUUGGUGUUUUUGAAUUUAAACUAUUGAGAAAAAAGCAUGAAUGAAAAUGUCCUGCUAUGUAAUGGAUUGCGGGAAUUCUGAAGGGAAUGGCGAUUUCAUUUCUUUGAUUUUCUAAAGGAAAUAUCCGGAAAUAUCAGCCUUUUCCUUAUGGAAGGAAUGUAUAAAAGGGUCUGGAUGGAAAAUUAAUUUGAAGACAGGCAAAAUUUGUGAGGUGAGUCCUUUGAUUUACAAAACAGACUUAUGAAAAAAAUGCCAAUAUCAUCACAAAAUGCGAAACUUGUUAGAUGAAUUGAUUGCAAAACUACGUAAUAAAAAAUUUGAUAACGAAACUGAGGAAAUCAAGUUAAUUGCAACGUGAUAUAAUAUCAUUGAAUUGCGUUUUCAAUACAGACCAAAUUGAAAAAUUAUCAGUAAAAAGUGAAUGCAGCAAAAGCUGAAAAAUCAAAACAAUCUUCAUGUUUUAAUCUUUAUCACCCGGGUACAGUUUUACAUACAAUAAGGAACUAGCUAUAAGUAUAUCCAUAUGUGUCUAUUUUGUCAUAUUGAAAUGUUGUUACAUGAAUUUUUUUUAUUUUUCUAACUAUAUGGUUCUGCGAAAAGUGUAUCACUAUAUAAAUUGAAGUGGGUGUUUAAACAUAUUUCUAUUUUCCAUCUACGACAAUGAUUGAUUUGACAGAAAAUGUAACCUCUAAAAUCGUAUCUGACAAUCAGGCGCUACUAGGGAAAUUGAAAAGACGCCAACAACUUCAACACUUCUGAGCGGUUUGUUUUGAUGAUAUGACCAAUAAGCACAAACAAAAAUCAUAAUUAUGUGAACCAAUGAAAACAAAGUAAAAAGGCCGCUUCGACAACUUUCAAGAACUCCGAUAGGUGGCGUACGCUUAUUUUCUAUCGCGAAUAUAAAGAAUAGAAAAGGACAGAAGUUCAGCUGUGUCCGAACUCUUUUACUUGAGAGUCCAAUUAUUCUAUUAUUUAUUAUUAUUUGUUGUCUGCCACACGCUGGUGCAGGAGAUAAGCAUAGAAAUCGUAUUAUAUAAUAGGGACACUAGAAUGACAAUGCAAUAAAUUAAAAGUGUGGCAAAAGGUAUAUGAGCCGAUCUUUAAUGCAGAAUUAGGUUCAUUUUGAACAGUGCUGGUUUGAGGAAAAUCAUUGUACUGAAUAAGAAAAAAUUUCAACAUUUAAACUCACAUAAACAAUGGUUCAAAAAUUGGUCUGUUUCAACCAACUGGUGGACCUUACAUCUUUCUCUGCCAAAGUGCCUAUUCUAUGGUAACAUUCCAAUCUUAAUAAUUAUGUGACUAACCUUUCAUGAUGAAUAUAAUCAGUCCUCAGGUACAGUUGUGGGACUGAAUUUGAUUUUACAUACAUCCUAUUUCUCUUAGAAUAUACCUAUAUAUUCUGGACGGAAAUGUUUACUGGGAAUAGCAUUUUCAGCAAUAAAAGCAACAUAUAACAUAUAUCUGGUUUUAGUUGAUCCAAAAUUUGAUUAGCACUUGUUCUAUCAUGAACUUAAUAAUCAUCAGCCGUUAAGUUUAUAUACUCAUAAGAUAUUUCUUCAACUUUUGAUCAAAUAAUUUGCUGUUACAUUCUUUUAUUUCAACAGGCAGUUGAUUAUAAUAAUAUAUAUGAACAGCUUUAAAGCAAAUGGUUUUUUCCAUCCAUAGAUGCAUUGGGUUAAGACUGACUAACCGCAUUAUAUCUUUACGGCAGUGAGUAUAUAAUUUUUUAGUCUUUAUUUUGAAGUGUCUUUUCUUGUUUCACCAAUUUAUCACAGGCUGGAAACCAAAUCCUUACGGUCUUGUAC